GGCGUUAGUGCAUCGCUAUUCGUUUCGUGUAUAUUUUAUUCCCGAACAAAAAUGACCACAAAUUUAGUUAAUAUACAAUUGACUGGAAAAGGCGCCAACAUCAAAAAUGAGCCUAAUGAUAUAGAUAUAAAAGUACCUCCUGAUGUAAAGAAGGAACAAAAACAAAAUCAACCAAAUACAUUCAAUAAAAAAAAGAAAAAACAGAAGAUAAAUAACUUCCAAAAUUUUAAUAAUGCAACCCCAGCCCUGUUUGUUGCUCCGCACCAUGGACUAAACUACUUUGUACCUCCAAAUCUGGCUCAGAAUUUGGGGGGACCAAGUUUAUACACGAUGCCUGGGAUGCACCAAAACAUGAUGGGACAGAAUGCUGCGCUCAAGCCAAAUCAAAAGCAACCACUUGCACGCAAAAAGGCUGCAAGAAUGUUGCUAAUGCGACACGAAAUACAGCAAGCUGUUGCUGUUGCCGACCGGGCAGACAAAGAAAGAAUAGCAUGGGAGAUGAGUUUAGUAGACCGAAUGGACUCGGACCUAAAGAAAUACAAAGAAAUAGGUGUGAUUCACAACUCAAUACUACGAAAAACUAAGCCUGCUAGAAAUAAGUUGAAAUUGAUACAACAAAUAGAGAAAGCUGCCGCUAAAGCUAACCAGACAGAAAAAGAGAGAAUAGCGCGGGAAAUGAAUAAUAUUCAACGAAUGAACUUUUCAAGGCAGUUACAACAUUUAGCUAUACUUCAUCAGUCAAUCAUCAACAAUAAAUCCAAAAAAUCUGUUAAUCCAGCACUACAAAAACCAGUUGUAAUAACUUUAACAGCAGAAACAAAGGAUGAGGACUUCACACAAGACAUUGUGACACCAGCACAAAGCUUGCAGCAGCAACAUAACCAGUCCCAUGUUGUCAAUCCAAGUAUUUCUGACAUAACCAGAAGAGGGGCGAGAAACAACAAAAAAAAGAACACUGUAAUACAGAAUGUGCAAGUGUUCAAACCUGGCAGUAGUACGAGCCAGUUCCAAGCCCCACAUCAAGAUGAGCCGGAGGACCUGUCGGAUGACCUGGCCCCACACAUGGGGCAGGGGCAGCAGCAGCCUGCGACGCAGACCCUGCCAUUGACAGCGGAAAAUAAACUAAACUUUAAGUUCCAAAGAACCACCCAAACAAAGACUCCAGACUGGUCUGAGUACCAGAACAAGUUUAAGCGGAUUGGAGGCGCCUCUCCAGAUCACGAGGAUGAAGGCAGCCAGGAGGUCAAACAGGAACCCAAUAAGGACCAGUCUAUAAAUACUGGACCAAAUAACCUUCGAAUACAGAUCCCUCCGAUCAGCCAGCAAACAGUCACAGCCACUCAACAGAAACGGGCGGGAACUCCGAAAGUCGAACUAAAAACAACUCAACUCAAGUCAACAGAGAUACCAUUGAAGCCAAUAGACGUGCGAGUGCGGAACGCGACCCCGGGUUACACCCUACCCCAACCUACCCCUAAUAUUCACAGUAAUACUCAUCUGCCCAACAUGGGUAAGGCCUAUGAAAACUACCCGAAAGGAAUACCGAAAUCAUUCUUGCCGAAAGAAAACAAUCCUGUUGCUCCACUUCCGAUCCCAGGUUGUAGCUUUCCGGCAGGUAUACCUCGAUCUUUCUUAAAGCAAGAACAACUAAGAUUGCAAGAGAUGUCGCAGCCCACACCUCUACAGAUCCCAGACCCCAAUUUCCAAACCCAACCAGCCUACAUGGACCUGCCUAGCUGGAUCCUGCCGAGCCAGCCCCCCGAGCCUCCACAACAUAUCCACGAACACUUGUCGCCGAACGUUCCACCGAUGUUACCAUUUGUACAUCAGGAACGUGUAGAACGGCCGUAUUCUCCUACUGACGUGUAUUCAGAGGGUCAGAGAGGUGAUGACGGUAAAUAA